AUGAAGAAGACACGAACACAGGGAAUGGUGGAAAUAGAAAAUCUGAGUAAAAGAACAAGAGACACAGAUGCAAGAAUAACCAACAGAAUAGGAGAGAUGGAAAAUGGGUACUUGGAAAGCAACUACAGCAUCAAAAAGGAGGAGUGUGACUCUGAGGGGGAAGGUUAUGGCAGUGACUCCAACACCCCCAGGAGCGACCACCCAAAACCCACCCAGGAAGCUGUGAAGGAAGUGAAGCCCAAGGGUUCCCAGGGGAGUGGUCUGAAGGAUUUAGGACUGAAGACAAGUUCUCUCGUUCUUGAGAAAUGUUCUCUGUCUGCCUUAGUAAGCAAAGAGGACAAAGAGUUCUAUCAACUGUACACUGAGGACUUUGAGCUGGAGACUGAGGGCAAGGGGAGACGUGAUAUGCCCCUAAAUGUCCCCUUCAAGCCAGAGGUGCUUGCCAACGAUGGACUGGUUCUGGACAUCGAGGACGAAUCGGACUCAGCCACCCAGCUCCAGGAGUUACCAUUGAAGACAUUGGGCUUCUUUAUAAUUUCAGACAGAUUAACCUACUCUUGUAAAGAUCACGCAGUAUUAUACUACAAUCGCCUCAGCUCCAUUAACAGCCCUGACCAAUCGCCUGUGGAUCCCAGCAGCCUCUGGCAGGCGGGAGGCACAGGCUUGAUUGGUCCUGUGUUGUUAGCAGCUGGCUCCGGCCCCUUCGCCCUGUGGUUCAUGAUGGGGGACAUGGCCAGGGGGCUGGUCCACCAGCUUGGCAGCCUGAGCCCUCACAAAGCCGGCAAUGACAAGUCACAUGGUCGCCAUGCCGAGGAAACCAUUGACAUGCCAAAACCAUCAGCCCCCAAAGUGCACGUACAGAGGUAUGUGUUCCUAGAUACCAUCGCCAUUCAUUUCUCGGCAUCCUGUGAGGAGGAGGAAGAGGAAGAAGAAGAGGAGUUCAGGGGGUACCUGGAGGAGGGGCUAGAUGACCAAAGCUUUGUAAUGGUGUUUGAAGCCAAGGAGGACCUGUAUCUUGAACCCCAGGGUGGCCAUGUCCCUGUGGGACCUGCUGCAGCCACCAUUCCGGCAGAUGGACUGUCCAUAUCUGAGACACCUGCCAUUUUGCCCAUCUCUGAGAACACUGUAAAGCUGCUGGAGUCCCCUGCUCUAGCAGUGCAAGUAUUAAGUACAGUGCCACUGGCUCUGUCCCCAGGGUCUUCUUCAUCUGGGCCCUUAGCUAGCUCUCCAAGUGUGUCAUCUCUUUCUGAACAGAAAACCAGUUCUUCAUCCCCAUUGUCGUCUCCUUCCAAUUCUCCUGUCCAUUCAUCCAGUGUGAAGCCCUUCAUGAGCCUGGUGAAGUCCCUGUCAAACGAGGUGGAGCCAAAAGAAUCCCCCCACCCCCUAGGGCACAGGCACUUGAUGAAGACUCUGGUCAAGUCCCCGUCCACAGACACUUCUCACCAGGAGUUGGAUACCGUGUCCUAUAAGGCCCCUGACACCAAACUCAGUCUGCACCUGUUCAAACAGUUUACACAGCCAUGGAACACGGGUGAAGACUCCAAGACUGUGCCUUCUUCCCGGCUGACUUCUCCCUCUGGCACUGGCUCCUUUGUUAAAGUGUCUGAAAUGGAGGAGAAAUGCAAAGACACUAAACACUGCCUUUCCAAAGUCAUCUGUGAGCCCUUCCAGCUCCUCAGCAAAAUCAUUGGGGAGGAAAGUGGCAGCCACAGGCCCAAAGCCUUAUCUUCAAGUGCUUCAGAACUCUCCAAUCUGUCCAGCUUGAAUGGGUACUUGGAAAGCAACUACAGCAUCAAAGAGGAGGAGUGUGACUCCAACACCCCCAGGAGCGACCACCCAAAACCCACCGAGGAAGCUGUGCAGGAAGUUGAGACCAAUGGUUCCCAGGGGAGCCUUCUGAAGGAUUUAGGCCUGAAGACAAGUUCUCUCGUUCUUGAGAAAUGUUCUGUCUGCCUUACUGAGACUGAGGGCAAAGGGAGACUUGAUAUGCCCCUAGAUGUCCCCCUCAAGUCAGAGGUGCUUGCCAAAGAUGGCCUGGUUCUCGACAUCGAGGACGAAGCAGACUCAGCCACCCAGCUCCAGGAGUUACCAGUGAAGACAUUGGGCUUCUUUAUAAUGUGUGUCUAUGUGUACCUCAUCCUCCCCCUCCCCUACUACAUGAGUGGACUCUUCCUGAGCAUUGGCCUUAGAUUCAUGACUGCUGAUUGCAUGAUCUGUGUUUUCACACCACCAAUUGCUCAUACAUUCCACGAAUCACAUAAAACUCUGCGACACUGGAACACAAGAUCCCUGGACAUCAAAGAGCCUGAAAUAUUAAAGGGAUGGAUGAAUGAGAUCUACAACUAUGAUCCAGAAACUUACGUGACUUUGAUGCAUGCAGUCUUUGUCCAGCUUGAGGGUGGAACCUUAAGACUUUCAAAACCAAAAAAAAAAAACAUAUCCAGAAGGGCAAGCUACAAUGAAACGAAGCCAGAGGUUACCUACAUCAGCCAGAAAAUCUACAACCUCUCAGACAACAAGAUUUAUCUUGUACCUUUUAGUCUGGCUAGCCAACGAAUCUGGAAUAAAAAGCACCCCAUUUGUAUCGAGCUUGGUCGGCAAGAUAACUUUAUGUCCAAGGCUCAGAAGGAUAGGGACACUUGUGAGGAGAAGCCCCCUGCUGAGAAAGAGCUGGGGAGUGAAGAUGUGAAGAAGCUGCCCCAGCCUCAAGAAGGGACGAAGUCUAGAGAAAAAGAAGAGUGGUUUAGGGGGUUCAUCCUGGUGCCUAAAUUGAAGUCAGACCUCAAGAAGCUGCCUGGUGUUGCUGGAAGUAAAUCAGGGCUUUUACCCACCCACAGCAGACACAGCAGUCCCUGGAGGCACCUGACCAAUAGCCAGAGAAGCAGCAAAGACAGCAUGGAGGAGAUGAUGUCCCAGCCCAAACAGAAGGAGCUGGUGGGCAGCUUUCUGCAGAAGGUACUGCUGGACUACAGUGUGUACAUGGGUAGGUGUGUGCCCCAGGAUGAGCGAAGCCCCUGCAGGAGCCCUGUGCAGAGUGAGGAGAGAAGCCCCACAGCUGGGGAGAAGUUGCCAGAGGCCCCACCCUCUGAGGAGGAAGAGCAAGAAGCCUGGGUGAAUGCCUUGCUUGGAAGAAUAUUUUGGGACUUCUUAGGUGAGAAAUACUGGUCUGAUCUGGUGUCAAAGAAAAUCCAGAUGGAACUCAGCAAAAUUAAGCUCCCCUACUUUAUGAAUGAGCUAACACUGACAGAACUUGACAUGGGUGUGGCUGUGCCAAAAAUCCUUCAGGCCUUCAAGCCUUAUGUUGAUCACCAAGGACUCUGGAUCGAUUUGGAAAUGUCUUACAACGGGUCCCUUCUGAUGACUCUCGAGACCAAAAUGAACUUGGCCAAACUAGGUAAAGAGCCUAUUGUUGAAGCCCUGAAGAUUGGAGAAAUUGGCAAAGAAGUUUGCAGGCCCAGGGUAUACUAUCUGGCCGACAGUGAUGAAGAAUACCAAGUGGUACAAGUAUACCUCAUCACAGACUACAUCUUCAGAGGGAACACAGACCCAGAAAUGGCCCUUGGCAGCAUCUCAGGCCCAAAUGUCAUCAUGGCCCCAGUAGCAGCACCAGUCACUCAGAGCAGUAUUAUGGCCCUGGUGGCAGCAUGGUCCUCAGAGAGCAACACAGUCUCAGACCCUGGCUAUGUUAAGGCCAUGGACCCAGACAUGGCCCUUUUGGGCAGCCUGGCUCAGAUAACACUGUGGCCCCAUGUGACAGUACCGGCCACUCAAAUCAACUCAGCCCUGGUUGCAGCACAGCCCUUGGACACCAUCAUGGUCUCAGGUUGCAACCUGGAUCCUGUAUAUCCAUGUGGCCUGUGGUGGCAACAUGGGCUACCAGACAACAGCACAGACCCUGGCUCUGGUGAGACCAUGAACCCAGACAUGGUUCAUGGUAGCAGCUCAAGUGCAGAUGUCACUAUGGCCCCAAGUGGUAGCACAGGCCACUCAUAUCAGCAUGGUCCCUGUGGUAGCAUAGCCCAUAGACACCAUCAUUGCCUCAGGUUAUGGACCAGACCAUAA